CACUAUCUUCGCUGUUAUGUCAAAACCCCCAAAAUUCUCUAGAUGUUCGCCAUUAUCAUACCCACAAACACCAAAUGGAAUCUUCUCGAAUCGACGAUGAAGACGGCGACCUUUUAGCUUCUACUUCCAAUACCUCCAGUCGUCGGAAUUUCCACUGUUACAGUGAAAAAUUCGCUUUCAACUCUGAUUCCGAUUCGGACGACGGCGAAAAUGUCAGUACACUCGGCGGUUCCGGCCGGAAAUUUAGCUUAGACGAGACGGAGCGAACUCCGAAAUUAUUCGACCGGUUCUACGGCACUUCAUCUUCCGAUGACGAAGAGUUCAGCUCUGGUUCAGGUCAAAACGGCGCCGCCGUUCGCAAACGACUUGAUUAUAUGAUUCAAUUCCUCGACCGUAAGCUUUCUUCUGAAACAGCUGCGACUUCUGACGGUAAUACUAACGGCAAGAGCCAGUCACAGGGUUUACCUGAGUUUGUAGGUAAAGGUGGCGGUACCGGCAUUUUCAAGUUGCCGGUGCGUGCCGCAGUGCAUCCUGAUCGGCCGCCGUCAUUGGAAUUACGGCCGCAUCCGUUGAGAGAAAGGCAAAUCGGGCGAUUUUUGAGGACUGUACUGUGUAAUGGAUCUCAGCUAUGGGCUGGGUCGGAGUGUGGAGUUCGGGUAUGGAAUUUUUCAGAUAUAUAUGAUGCUGCUUCUGAAGAAGAAGAUGAAAAUGAGGACUUUGAGGAUGCUGCACCUUUUGUGGAGUCUGUUAGCGUUUCACCAACGUUUUGCCUUGUUAAAGAUGCUGGGAAUAGGUUGAUGUGGAGUGGACAUAAAGAUGGUAAAAUCAGGUGUUGGAAAAUGGACAGUGAAAUUAGCAGUAGAGAGAAAGGUGCUGCUUGUGGAAGAGCUACUUUGAAAGAAGUGCUGACGUGGCAGGCUCAUCGCGGUCCAGUUCUUUCCAUGAUCAUGACUUCCUAUGGCGAUCUAUGGUCUGGAUCUGAGGGUGGUUCCAUCAAGAUCUGGCCGUGGGAAGGAAUUGAGAAAUCGCUUCCACUGAUAGAGGAGGAAAGGCACAUGGCUGCUUUGUCUAUAGAGAGGUCAUACGUGGAUCUGAAGAGCCAAUUUAUACAAAAUGGCACAUGCAAUAGCAUAUUUUCUGUCGAUGUCAAAUAUAUGAUCUCUGAUCGCUCUGGAGCAAAAGUUUGGACUGCUGGUUAUGUGUCAUUUGCACUUUGGGAUGCGCGGACGAGAGAUUUAUUGAAAACUUUCAACACAGAUGGUCAGGUUGAAAAUACACUAGCAGCACAAGAUCCUGUUAUUGAAGAUGAAAUGAGGAUGAAAAUAGUGUCCAGUUCGAAAAAGGACAAGUCUCAAAGUUCUAUCAGCUUCUUUCAGCGUUCACGCAAUGCUAUCUUGGGAGCAGCUGAUGCUGUUCGUAGGGCUGCGACUAAAGGAGGAUUUGGAGAAGAGAAUCGGAGAACUGAAGCAUUGAUCAUUACGGCUGAUGGAAUGAUUUGGAGUGGCUGUGCAAAUGGAUUACUUGUCCAAUGGGAUAUAAACGGCAAUCGGUUGCAAGAAAUCCAGUAUCACGCAUUCUCUGUUCAAUGCUUGUGCACAUAUGGGUUACGGAUUUGGGUGGGUUAUGCUAGUGGUUAUAUUCAGGUGUUGGAUCUUAAUGGUAAUCUACUUGGAGGAUGGAUGGCUCAUAGUAGUCCUGUAAUAGAUUUGUCAGUGGGUGGAGGUUAUGUUUUCACUUUGGCUAAUCAUGGAGGUAUACGAGGUUGGAGUGUGAUAUCUCCUGCACCAGUGGAUGGUAUUUUGCGCUCAGAGUUAGCUAGCAAGGAAUUUUUGUAUACUAGGCUAGAGAAUUUAAAAAUAUUGGCUGGUACAUGGAAUGUUGGUCAAGGAAGAGCUUCUCCUGAUUCACUUAUAUCAUGGCUAGUUUCUGCAGCAGCAGAUGUUGGCAUCAUUGUUGUUGGCUUGCAGGAGGUAGAUAUGGGCGCUGGUUUUCUUGCUAUGGCUGCUGCUAAAGAAACAAUGCAGGUAGGUCUUGAAGGAAGUACUGCUGGUCAAUGGUGGUUGGAAAUGAUUGGAAAAACCUUGGAUGAAGGAUUGACUUUUAUCCGUGUUGGCUUCAGGCAGUUGGCAGGCUUGGUUAUUUCUGUCUGGGUCAGAAGUAGUAUUAGUCGUUGUGUUGGCGAUGUUGAUGUUGCAGCAGUACCUUGUGGUUUCGGGCGUGCAAUUGGGAACAAGGGAGCAGUAGGAUUGAGGAUGAGAGUCUAUGAUCGUACUAUGUGCUUUGUGAACUGUCACUUUGCUGCACAUUUAGAAGCUGUCAGUCGUCGGAAUGCUGAUUUUGACCAUGUUUAUCGAACUAUGGUCUUUAGUCGGCCAUCAAACUUUCUCAAUGCUGCUGCUGGUAUGGUGCCAUACCUUUUCACAGCUUGCUUGCUUGCCUGCUCUAUGUAUUUAAUCUGGGUUGUUUAUGGUUCUCGGUUGCCAUUGGUCCUUUCUGUUGCAGCUGGCGUCUCAUCUGCGAUUCAAAUGCUCCGCAGUGCAAAUGGUGCGUUUAACUCUGCAGAAGCAAUGCCAGAGCUAUCUGACUCAGAUAUGGUUGUGUUUCUUGGUGACUUGAACUAUCGGCUUGAUGGCAUUUCUUAUGAUGAAGCAAGAGAUUUUAUUUCUCAAAGGUGCUUUGAUUGGCUUAGAGAGAGGGAUCAGUUGCACACAGAGAUGGCAGCUGGGAAUGUCUUCCAAGGAAUGCGUGAAGCAGUAAUCAGAUUUCCUCCAACAUACAAAUUUGAGAGGCACCAAAUUGGCUUAGCAGGGUAUGAUUCUGGUGAAAAUAAGCGGAUUCCUGCUUGGUGUGACAGAAUUUUGUAUCGUGAUAGCCGUUCCGCCUCAGCUUCCGCGUGCAGCUUAGAUUGUCCUAUCGUCUCAUCAGUUUUGCAGUAUGAAGCUUGCAUGGACGUGACAGAUAGUGACCACAAGCCUGUAAGGUGCAUAUUCAAUGUGGAGAUUGCUCGAGUGGAUGAAUCAGUGAAAAGGCAAGAAUAUGGGGAAAUCAUUAGAUCAAAUGAGAAAGUUGUGCUUAUGCUUGGAGAACUGAAUAAAAUUCCAGAAACAAUAGUCAGCACAAAUAACAUAAUCCUCCAGAACAUGGACUCAUCCAUCUUGCGCAUUACAAAUAAGAGCGGCAAAAACAAAGCUAUUUUUGAAAUAACUUGUGAAGGUGAGUCCACUGUUAAAGAUGAUGGGCAAGUGGUUGAUCAUCCUCCAAGAGGUUCUUUUGGUUUCCCUCGUUGGCUUGAGGUCAAUCCUGCAGCUGGCAUCAUUGAACCAGACCAUAUUGUUGAAAUUUUAGUUCACCAUGAAGACCACCAGACACUUGAGGAGUUUGUUGAUGGGAUUCCUCAAAACUUUUGGUGUGAAGAUGCCAAGGAUAAGGAAGUCACGUUGGCAAUCAACGUUCGCGGUUGCUUCUCAACGGAGACAAAAUGUCACCGUAUUCGUGUACGCCACUGCUUUUCAGGCAAGCCUUUGCCAGCAGAGAUCAGGCCCAACAACUCUAAUCAUCUGCGGACAAAUGUCCUCCACCGAUCUGACUUUCAGCCUCUUGGUUUUGCGCCUGAUGUUGUCGACGACCUAAUAAAUCUAAAUAGUCCUUGACAAGCAAGCUUGUCUCCUGGUUGAACCAUGCCCAAAUCACGUGGUUUUGAUUCAACGAACUGGCAAUCCAAUCUGUGUAUGUGUAAAUAGUCACCAAAGGGUCUCAGUAUUAUGCAACAUCUCAACAACUAGGACUUCUCUAUAGAAAAUUUUCUUUGAAUAUGUCAUUCUUUUGAGUUGGCCGCUUUUGAAAAUUUUCGGACUGUCGCUUUGAAAGUGUAUAGCAUGAAUUGCACACUUGUAAUAACCUAGAGCUAGUUAUGUAUGUAACCAUGUAAUGUAUCCGAGGGAGUGGCACAUUUCGUGAGGAGAGUUGAACCCA